AUGGUUCCGAUGGACUUUUCUUUGUCAACUUCAUACUUAGGAGAUACUAAAUUUCAACGCUCCAAUGAAGAGAAUGUCAUCGAUCAAAUAGAAAACGCUCAAUUAGAUGGGAUGCUGCCUGUGGAAGCCGAUGCAUUGCAAAAGGUAAAUGUGCGUGUCUCCAAAUAUGGCGUUUGGAUUAGCAGAGAUGUGGACUCAACUACGGUCGAUCGAAUACCUCUUGUGAAUAUUGUAUUCUCUGUGGCUUACAACGACGGUGAUAACAGGUUCAACGUGGCAGUCAUAGUGAAAGCUCAUCAAUACGAACCGGAGUACAAGUGCUACGUAUUCCAGUGCCGUUCCAUGCGGGAGGCAGACGAGUUCCUGAGGAACAUUGACCAAUUGUUCAAUUCAGUUGUAGAAUCCAUUGAAAGUUGCGAGACAGAUGAGUGUCAAUGGGUUGAUGUAUAG